AUGGACGGCCCAGACGGCGGACACGCAGCUACGGAGAAUGACGCAGGCGUGCGCAGGGAGCGGCCGUGGCUUUAUGCAUCGAACAGAAAGCUCCGGCAUCUCCAUGGCAUCUCUGUCCGCAACUUGGUAGUCACGCCCCCUUCAAAUCGAGCUCGAGGCAAGACCAUUGAUGACGACGAUAUCCCCAACACCCUGAAGUCGCCCUCCAAAAUCCUAGCUCAAAAUGAGACUCGACCACUACAACCGUCGCGUUCCUUUACAGAUCUCAAGUCGCGCCCGAGUCAAGAUGGUCAUGUUGAUAAGAGACCCGAGAUGCGCGAGUCGCGUCGCCGAAGCCUGCUGCCUUGGAACGACCCCAAUCCGCACACGAGGCAAAUCCGGCUAGAGGACAUUACCAAGAGUCGCAUGGCGGAUACUUUCUUUUCCUUACACUGUGAUGGCAUUGAGGAACCGGUAUAUAUCAGCGAAGUGGUCGACAAGGCAACCAAUCCCAGCUUUCGGUCUUUCGAUGUGGACUUUUGUGGUCCCGCAGUGUCCCGCCUGGAUGCGUUGACUCUAAAGCUUUGGGCGAAGACGGAGAAUAUGUCGGAGUAUGCUCUGCUGGUCGAACUACAGCAACACUUGCGCUCCUUACAGUUCCUGGGAAAGACAAUUGAGGGCUUCCAUCAGCCUCUGCCGGCUAAUUGUAUUCUGUUUCAUUUCCCUGACGGAGUGUACACCAAUCUGACUGACAUUCCCCCGGUCGAGCUGCCAUUCAAUGGCGCGGGCCAACGAGGUACUGCGGACGGGGCUGUGCUGCCGACAUCUUCCUACGACGCGUUAAUGCGAUUGGCAAACCUGGAUGAGUGCAUUCAAGACGCACUGGCGACCCGAGAGAAAUUGGAGACGCAAAUUGGAGAAAUCUUGAAAAAGAACGAGGCCGCUUUAUCGACCGAGAGCGAGGCAGCCAAGGCGCAGGACCGCCUCGCCUCGAUCAGACAGGCUGUCGCUGCCGAGCGCAAGCAGAUUCGAGCUGCGAAUAAGCGCAAGGAGGACCUUAUUGCUAGCAUUAAGGCCCGGAAAGAAUCUAUGGAACAGGGCCGCCUUGCACAGGAGAAGGCCCGAAGCCACCUCCCCGAUGCUCAGGAAAAGCUUGUCAACAGCGAACAAUUACUUAACCAAAAUGCGGAUGAGACCAAGGGCCAGAUCCGGCGCAUUGCCGAGGACCUGAUGGUGAUCUAUCCAAUCGAUCCUAUCCCUGACAAGACAUUGGCAUUUACCAUUGCCGGACUGCCACUUCCCAACUCCAACUUUGACGACAUUGACCGCGAGGGGGUUGCUGCGGCACUGGGUCAUACCGCUCAUCUUGUAUACCUGCUCUCUUUCUAUCUCUCCGUCGCGAUGCCCUACCCGAUUAGUCCGAAUCUGUCGACCUCCUUGAUCCAAGAUCCAGUGUCUCAGGAUCUGCCACAGCGGACUUUCCCCCUCUACCCCGUCAGCGUCCAGUACCGCUUCGAAUAUGGUGUCUUCCUUCUAAACAAAGACAUUGAGUUCUUGCUUAACAAGCAAGGCAUUCGCGGCCUGGACAUUCGACAUACCCUUCCAAACCUCAAAUACCUUCUUUACAUCCUCACUGCAGUCACACCCGAUAUCCCUGCUCGCAAAGCGGGUGGUAUCCGUGGUCUUCUCACUGGAAGACUAACCCCAAAUAUGUCUCGACGAGGCAGUCUCGAAAGCACCGCAUCUGGUGAGCUGGUCCAGCCACGGAAAGCCUUCGAUUUGGUCUCCCGCAUGAACGGAUUCGCACUGGAUCAUGGAGCAAAAACGCCGGCGGGGACUGCCACUCCGCCACUGUCAUCGCGAGCGUGA